AUGGACUGGCAGGCUAUCCCGGGAAUGGUCCUUUUGCAAACCGGUGGGAGCGAUUUCAUCAACUAUGCGAGAAAAGAAUGGCCCGAGCUAGCACUCCCAUGGGACGACGUGAGCAAAGCAAUCGACAUCUCAUGCCGCGCAACAGACCUCAGACAUGAGUUCAAAGCGGCUUAUCAGAAAUGGUAUGAAACACUCGUUCAAGGCUCUCAGACUCGGAACCAGGUGAUGAAAACAAAAGGCGCACUAAGGGAAUCUACGGAUCAACUCGAGAAAUCCAUGGAACAACUGAAGGGGAAUAUUCCAAAUGCUCACAAAGAACAUCCGCUGACACAAUUGAUUCGAGACGAACUUGAUGCAGUCCGAUCCAUGUCGAAUCGUACCCUCGCUUCAAAUGACCCUUUACCAUACGCUCCUUCAUGUCCCGCGAACAGGCGACCCAGUCGAACCUACACAGGCAUGGAUGACCCCAUCCUCCUUGCCGACUUUGCAAUAAUCGACCAUCACGUUGGGCUUGGCCUUCCGCCCGAAUCUGCAGACAUGGCUCUUGGUCGUCUGAAGGCGAAAGGAGGUGACAUGCUCUACGACGCAUUGCGCCGAAACGUGAAACUUGGCGUCAUAUCCGUCGCAGCCUCCGAUGCCUUUCCUGAAACAGACAAAGAUGCGAGCAUGCUGGUGGCACUUCGCCGUUUGGUUAAUUUGGAGUUUAAACAUUACAAUGAAGUCGAGGAGACGCUUUCGCAGCUCGUCCAGAGAUUUGGCGGUGGAAAGAAUACGGACUAG